CCCGCGGCGGUUCUAUUGUUCAACGCUCCUCAAUGUUCGCUUUCCGGUUCCAAUCACUCGUAUUCGCGGUGGCCGUGGGUCUCGGUGUCAGUGCUCCUCGAAAUGCAGAUCUGUACAUUAUCAAUGGCGAUCCAGCGCCACCCAACUCCUUCCCAUGGCAAGUCAGCCUCCAGAAAGUGGUCUCGAAUUUUUGGACGGAAAAACACGUACACGUCUGCGGUGGGACCCUAAUCAGUCCCUCCCUUGUCGUCACCGCCGCUCACUGCAUACAGGAGAACGCCGAAUACCGAAUUGUGGCUGGCUCAAAUGAUUUGCAGAGUUUCCGACACAAGAUAGGCUAUCCCCGAAACAUCACAGUACAUCCCGAGUACGACUCUACGAUUAUCAGGAACGACAUCGCUGUGAUAAAAUUGCACAGAAAUUUCACACUAUCCCCGUCUCUGAUGCCGAUCCAAAUGGCGGAGAAUGGUAGUCUAUCGAAUUGUGUUACGUCAGGAUGGGGAACGACGUCCGCGAACGAAGAUGAAUACCCUCUGAUACUCCGGAAAGUGAAAUUGGACCUGGUCAAUCAGGAGAAAUGCCGUCGACUCUACAUGGACGUGAGGGACGUUGUCAUUGACGAAAAGCACAUAUGCGCAGGCGGGAACGGCAAAGCAGCCUGCAACGGAGACUCUGGGGGUCCUUUGGUGUGCCUGAACGGGGUUGGAGUACCGGUACUGACGGGAAUUACAAGCUUCGGCGUUGCGAACUGCGGUGAUAGCCACCCGACGGUUUUCACUCGAGUCUCAACUUACCACGAUUGGGUUCUUGACAACUCAGGCACCAUUUUGUCUCCUGACUUGAAGUUUAUGACGAUCCUGCUCUUGUGCUGUCUAUACCUAACUCAUCGAGGCUGCCACCUUUCUCAAUGAUUAGAUGAAGUGUUGGAGGAAUCCAUACGAUGUGCUUUGUGGCGGCUCCGCG